AUGUCAGGUACAGUCAAAACACAAGCUGAAAUCAAAGAUAUCACGCGCAUCGAGCGCAUUGGCGCACACUCGCAUAUCCGCGGCUUGGGCCUCGAUGAUAGUCUCGAGCCGCGCAUGUCCUCUCAAGGUAUGGUAGGUCAGACUGAAGCGCGUAAAGCGGCGGGUAUUGUGGCCAAGAUGAUUGAACAGGGUAACAUUGCUGGCCGGGCUAUCUUGUUGGCCGGAAAGCCCGGCACAGGCAAGACGGCGAUUGCUAUGGGCAUUGCACAGGCGCUAGGAGAAGACACGCCAUUUACGACUAUUGCGGGUAGUGAGGUCUUUUCACUAGAGAUGAGCAAGACAGAAGCUUUGACGCAGGCUUUUCGUCGCUCUAUUGGCGUAAGAAUAAUGGAGGAGACAGAAAUUAUUGAGGGAGAAGUCGUAGAAAUUCAGGUAGACACUCCCACCGGUGGUGUAGGAGACAAAGUUGGUAGACUUACGCUUCGCACAACCGAGAUGGAGACUGUGUACGAUCUUGGAGCCAAGAUGAUUGACUCGUUAACCAAGGAAAAGGUUGAAGCUGGUGAUGUGAUUACCAUCAACAAAGAAUCAGGCAAGAUUUCCAAGCUCGGACGAUCGUUUACUCGCUCUCGUGAUUAUGAUGCCAUGGGAGCGCAAACUCGUUUUGUGCAAUGUCCAGAGGGCGAAUUGCAGAAGCGAAAGGAAGUGGUCCACGUGGUGUCACUCCACGAAAUUGAUGUCAUUAACUCACGGUCACAAGGUUUUCUUGCGCUGUUUGCCGGUGAUACGGGUGAGAUCAAGGACGAAGUCCGUGAACAGAUUGACACGAAGGUUGCCGAGUGGCGAGAAGAAGGAAAGGCAGCGAUUGUACCAGGUGUGUUAUUUAUCGAUGAAGUUCAUAUGCUGGACAUUGAAUGCUUUUCUUGGCUCAACCGUGCGCUUGAAAGCGACAUGGCUCCCGUGCUCAUAAUUGCAACGAACCGUGGCAUUACUCGUAUUCGCGGUACUAAUUACAAGAGUCCACACGGUAUUCCUAUUGACCUCUUAGACCGACUUAUGAUCAUUCCUACAAAACCGUACAGCGAGUCGGAAAUGCGCAAGAUUCUCAUCAUUCGGUGUGAAGAAGAGGACGUAGAAAUGACGGAAGAGGCGAAGGACUUGCUUACGCGUAUUGCCGUGGAAACAUCGCUACGAUAUGCUAUCCAAAUGAUCAUCACGGCUUCACUUGUAUGCUCAAAACGCAAGGGUACUGAGGUAGAUGUGCCCGAUAUCAAGCGCGUCUACUCGCUGUUUGCCGACGUUAAGCGUUCCACACAGUUCCUUAUGGAAUAUCAACGCGAGUUCAUGUUCCAUGAAGUUGAUGAUGAAGAAGAAAACGAGGAUCAGGAUAUGGAGCAGUAG